AUGAAAAACUAUCUGCAAGAGUGAAAUGCAUUAAUCCCCCGUCAAGUUGCGAGCACAACGACAGCUGUUUUUUGGAGGAAAAUUAACACUGGUUGGCAGUCGAAGAGAGAGACUUCCUGGCGUAGUCCAUGUCUUGUAUUCCUGCGUCAAUGCGUUUUCCCUGCAUGUUGUCUCCGUGAGUUGAGUUCCGUCUCGUCAGAAAUGCUAAUAUUCCUGCGCGCAAAAGAACAAGUUUUUCUAUUGUCGGUGACGUCUCCUGUGUCUAUGAUGGAUUAUUGUUUAUGUGCGCGUAUGUGAGGUGUGCCAGCGCGUCUAAAAUGGCGUCGCUCCAGACAACUCAAUCAACAGGGACACCCUCAAGUCUUCUCCAGCUUUUUUUGCGGGGCAGGCAGUUUUCAUACCACUUUAUCCAGCCAUGCACGAAAGCUAGGGCUCUAUGUUCUUCGUCCUCAGCCAUUUUGUUGGCUCUAUUCGUCGGCGUGUGUGCCGUAGGUGUCCCGACAGCUGGCCUACGUUGCCAUGGGAAUUUCCUUCGGGACACCUCAACACCCGCCGACCACCUUUACGGAGGAAUGCCUGUAAGUAUUGGCCGCUCUAUCUCUUUCCCAUCCUAUUCGCUUGACAGGGAAUAUCUCCCGAGAGAAUGGGUAUCGCGUCACUCUGCUCCGUCCUACUGGAAUAGCUGCUACCGCCGUGGUGACAGCAAGACAUGCUUUUCCGCUUGGGGUCUUCGCGAAGCAUACGGUUCUGUUCCUUUAGCGUUUGCUAGCAGACGCUUGGCAUGGAGACAGCCGGUGUCAUUUAUUCGCUCCCCUAAACUGGGCAUCACCAACGAUGGCGGGGGUGAUAAGCCAAGUGUACCGAGUGCCGCGGUUUCCGUUAGUUCCUCGUUGCCAUCAUCUUCUACAUCCCCUUUCCGUGUCGCUGCACAUUCUUGCUCAUCGGAUGGAAUGCGGUGGCUCCUUGGCGUCCGCGGAGGCUUCAACUUGCAAGUCAAGACAAUGAGCGGGAAGACUGUCGUGCUUGACAACGUACAAGGAUCUGACUCUAUAUUAGAUAUAAAACGUCGUGUAGAACAACGUGAGGGCAUCCCGGUGGACCAACAGCGUCUUGUAUUCAACGGAAAACAACUGGAGAAUGGGAAAACAGUCCAAGAUUACAAUCUCUCGGAAAACUCAGUGCUGCACCUUGUCCUCAGACUCCGAGGAGGCGCAUGAAUGAUGCUCCUGUUCUGGGCAGCAAGAGGGCCCUUGCAGCGGAAUGCAUCCACUGCUCGAAGUGUUGUACUUAUUCCACUCCAAGCCGCUGCGCUUCCGCAAGGACCGUUUUUCUCUGGACAGACUGCGGAUCGCGCCCGUCAUGUAUGCUUGCACUGUACUAGUCCGUUGAGGCGAACUUCAAUCCUACUGGCGAUGUGUGCGCCGGAAAGAUGGGUCAACACGCUAGGCGACAAAGAGGACGUCCAUUUUGACAGCUUAACUUAUGUGAUGCCGUCGAUUAAGGAUGGGCUGUCACUCAGGAAUAAUUGGGGAGAUAAACUGUUGAAUUAACUUUCAUCCACAAAGGAUGUAUGGGCGCCUUUUCAUCAGCCAUUGGCGUGUGUGUAGCACUUGGCGCAUGACGCCCUUGAGCGUAGUGAAACUUCCCCGCCGGGUUUUCUCAUGGUAAUGUGUCAAAUGCUUAUGGGACAACGAGAAUCCCUUCGCUGGAGCCCAGGCAUAUAGGUAUGAUGACUUGAAAGUCCGUUGACCUCACAGAAGUGCAUGGCAUCGCCUCCUGUCUAUUGAGGGUUUUGUCGCAAAUGAACAUUUAUAAGACAUAAUUCUCGACAGACUCAGAGGCUGGCGCAGUAAAGGUGAUUGUUUUUGUGUCGAUCCGUCUCCUGUCGGAAGCAAACCGAAUCUGACGGCUCAAUGCACACACUAGAUACCAGCUAGAGGAACUCCUGUUAUCGGUCGUGGGGAGGCGAGAGGUCCGAGAUUCGUCCAGAGAGACGAGGCGGCAACACCCUGUGCAGGGAGUUUUGUCGAGAAACGUCAGUAGUACAUUUCCACGUUUCUGUGAUUCUCUGUUGCGACUUGGACGCUUGCGUGCAACUGGAACCGCUGCCGUCCGAGGAUGCCUCACGGUGAACAAUUUCGAUGGAUACAGACGAGCACAGGAAGACAGCGUUGUUGAUGGCUGCGUUUUCGUCUUUGAGGGAUAAAAAGAAGGCAACAAUAACUACGAUUUGGAAAUGGUGUUGUCAGCCGC